AUCAUGGUUGCACUGUGGGUCCAGUCCACCUCUCUGCUGGUUGUCCUUCUGGUCAUCUCCCACCCCGGUUCUGAAGCCAACCCCGCACAGCACCUGUGUGGGUCUCACUUGGUGGACGCCUUGAACCUAGUCUGCGGGGACAGAGGGUUUUACUACAACCCCAGGAGGGACGCCGAAAACGCUCUGGGUGAAGGCGCUGGAGAAAACGACAUUGGCGAAUUGGGCUUCAAGGACAAGAUGGAUGUGAUGGUGAAGCGACAAAUCGUGGAGCAGUGCUGUAAGCGGCGAUGCACCAUCUUUGAUCUGGAUAACUACUGCAACUAA